UGACUGGGCGCGCGCAGCCGUUCGCUCUCCGUGGUGCUGAACGUUCUCCUAACCGCUACCUGCCUCACUGUAGGUCGUCACGAAAGAUAAGGGAGAGUGGAGCUUCUUCCACUGGAAAAUAGCCAUACAAUUUUGACUUUUCCGCAUAAUCAUUGACGUUGUUUCUGUCAUAAUCUUAUCAUAUCGUGGACACAUUUCAAACGUUAUCAAGAGGGUGAUUUUUAUGUUUUUUAUUUUAGCAAUUGACUGGGAUCUGUAGCCUACAAGAUGGCACUGAAUGGAUGUACAUUGCAUAAGGCAAAGGAAGAUUUAUCAGACUGUUUUGUGACUGUGAACCCAUACCAUAUCAGAUUGGUCGCCUAAUUCUGCAAUAUAAUCGGGUUUUUUCUCAGCUCAUUCAAUACACCUGGCAUUGGAUGUCUAAACCUCGAUUUUCUUCCGAGAAAGAGGUGUAUAAUUCGGAUUCACAUUUUACCGAAUAUGUUUAGCAAUAUUCCAUAUUUGAAUUAUUUAUCGUAAUAUAAAAGAAAUCGAGCAGAAAUCAAGAAGAAUUUGGAAUCAUGGAAUCCGAUCCCGAACCCGUUAAGCAUCGGGCUUUCCCGCCCAGUAAAGAAGGGCUGAAGAAAUUGGCUGGAAAGACCUUCGGCCAUCUGUACAGGGUGGUGGAGAAACGUCAGAAGACAGGUGAGGUGAUCGAGUUAACGGAGGACGGUCGGCCCUCGGAGCAGCAGGAGAAGAAACCGCCUUUAUGUGACUGCACGUGCUUCGGCCUCCCGCGCCGUUACAUCAUCGCCAUCAUGAGCGGCCUCGGAUUCUGCAUCUCCUUCGGAAUCCGGUGUAACCUGGGCGUGGCUAUCGUGGGCAUGGUCAAUAACAGUACCAUACACAAGGACGGCAAGAUCAUCAUCACAGAGAAAGCGAAGUUUAACUGGGAUCCAGAGACGGUGGGGAUGAUCCACGGUUCAUUCUUCUGGGGUUACAUCGUCACACAAAUACCCGGAGGGUGGAUAUGCUCACGACUAGCAGCAAACAGAGUGUUUGGGCUGGCCAUCUUCCUCACGUCCACCCUCAACAUGCUCAUCCCCUCCGCUGCCCGCGUGGACUAUCGCUGCGUCAUCUGUGUCCGUAUACUACAAGGUCUGGUGGAGGGAGUGACCUAUCCUGCCUGUCAUGGCAUCUGGAGUAAGUGGGCCCCACCACUGGAAAGGAGCCGUCUGGCCACCACCUCAUUCUGUGGAUCUUAUGCUGGUGCUGUGAUAGCCAUGCCUCUGGCUGGGAUCUUGGUCCAGUACUCUGGCUGGUCCUCUGUCUUCUAUCUGUACGGCUGCUUUGGGAUGUUCUGGUACAUGUUUUGGAUCCUGGUGUCCUAUGAGAGCCCAGAGGUUCACCCCACCAUCACCGCCGAGGAGAGACGUUACAUCGAGGAGAGCAUCGGAGAGGGUCAAGAACUAUUCGGUCCUGCUAGCAAAUACAAGACUCCAUGGAGGAAGUUCUUCACCUCAAUGCCCGUCUAUGCUAUCAUCGUGGCCAACUUCUGCAGGAGCUGGACUUUCUACCUCCUCCUCAUCAGCCAGCCGGCCUACUUCGAGGAGGUGUUCGGCUUCGAGAUCAGCAAGGUGGGCAUGGUGUCGGCCCUGCCUCACUUGGUGAUGACCAUCAUCGUACCCAUCGGAGGACAGCUGGCUGACUGGCUACGCACCAGAAACAUCCUGUCUACUACCACCGUCAGGAAGAUCAUGAACUGUGGAGGGUUUGGAAUGGAGGCCACUCUGCUCCUCGUGGUUGGUUUCUCUCACACCAAGGGUGUGGCCAUCUCUUUCCUGGUCAUGGCUGUGGGCUUCAGUGGCUUCGCUAUAUCAGGUUUCAAUGUGAACCACCUGGAUAUCGCCCCUCGCUAUGCCAGUAUCCUGAUGGGUAUAUCUAACGGUGUGGGAACUCUGUCAGGGAUGGUGUGCCCACUCAUCGUGGGAGCCAUGACCAAAAACAAGACUCGAGAGGAGUGGCAAUGGGUGUUCCUCAUCGCUGCUCUGGUUCACUACGGGGGAGUCAUCUUCUACGGGAUCUUUGCGUCGGGCGAGAAGCAGCCGUGGGCCGACCCGGAGCUGACCAGCGACGAGAAGUGUGGCUUCAUCGACGAGGACGAGCUGGCAGAGGAGACGGGUGACAUCACACAGGGCUACAGUGGUGGCAUGGCGGCAGUAGGAGCAGGGAAGAGUUACGGGGCCACGACAACUGGGCUCAAUGGGGGCUGGGUGGCACCAGACAGCUGGGAGAAUGUAGAGGAGGAACCAGCUGGGCAGACCUGGGCAGAUUGAGACUACUCAUAGAACAGGGCCGUGUGUAUUGAGUGUAUCAGCGCAGAAGUGCAGAUUUUGGAUCGUGUUUUGCCUUUUAUAUCAUAAUAAAUAAUAUUAGGUGGCUGAUCCUAGAUCAGCUAUCCUACUCUGAGAUGCUUGAUACAUAUGGCCCCAGAUAUAAUCAUGUUAUGGCAGCGGUGGGGGUGUUCUAGCCUGGUUUCUGAUCUGUUUGUGCUGUCUUGCCAACGCCUACAAUGACCAUAGACCACUGCUACAAUGGCCACGGCACAAACAGAUCUGGGACCAGGGUAGUUCACCCACUAAAAGAGAGAGAGAGAGAGAGAGAGAGAGAGAGAGAGAGAGAGAGAGAGAGAGAGAGAGAGAGAGAAAUGCCAUUGUGGUUUGCACAAAUUAGCAUAAAAAAAUUAGAUACUGUAUGUAAAAUAUUUACGUAUAUUGAGAAAGAAAAUGUAUAAUAAUAAAAUCACGCGUUGGUUCCACACAAGCAGGUUAAAAUAUCAGUGUAAAAUAUAUUUCCAGUUCUAUAAUCCCCAUGUCGCACAUCUAGAGCCUUCGAUCCUAGCCGUUUAAGGGCAACGGUAGGCCUAGUUAUUAUACCUUCAAGGCUCCCUAACCUCAUAAAAAAUGUACUUGAAACAACAAACGAGCCAGAUAUUGUGAACGUCAUAGGUCUGUAAAACCCUUGUCUGAAAUAUCACUUUCUGAUUGCACUGAUACUGUAAGUAUAAAAAAUAUAAAAAAAAACGUAGAUAUUAUUAUAUUUCUUAUCAAUGGCGUUUUAUGUACUUUAUAUAUAUAUACUGUUUCUGUGAGACUAUUGUGGAUUUGGGUCGUCGAUCUGUGUGACAAAUUGAUGUAAAAAAGGCCAUAUUUUUCACGGACAUAAUCUUUUCAGGGAGUAGUAUGAUCCGCUUACAAAACAAAGUCUUGUUCUUGAGCAAGGCCUAAACAACUAAGGAAUAGACUUAAACUAGUGUGUGUGUGUGUGUGUGUGUGUGUGUGUGUGCGUGUGUGUGUGUGUGCGUGCGUGGUGCGUGCGUGCGUGUGUAAAACUCAGUGUAAUAUUUAUAUGUGCGUUGUUGCAUGAAUUUGCUCAAAUAGAUGUUUCUGAUACAGCUUUUUCAUAGCCACUGAUAGUCCUCAUCCCUUUCACUGCUAUAUUUUGAAAUAAUAUGUCUGUCUAGUACCAGUGAUAACAUGGACUUUUAUGUUCAUGUGUUCAUAUAUAUGUUCAUAUAUGGUAUUCAUGAGAGAUUUAAAAAUAUAUAUAUACAUAUAAUGAUUGCACUAUAAGCACAGAAUUACACUAGAAUGAACAUUGGCACUCUGGCAUCAUGACAACAGGAUGGCCAUCUUUGACUGGUAUUGUAUUUCUACGUGUGAAGGAGAACUUUUCUCUCAAGGGCAUCAUUGAUUGAGCAACUGUGUUUGAUGUGCAUUGCAAUAAUUCCCCCAUGUAACGGUUGCCACUAUCCAUCCAGUUUCUGUUCCAUAAACUAGUGUAACACUGGCUUGCUGUAUCAAACUAGUUAUUUUUUUUUUGUGGGGGAGUUGUCAUAAAGAUUAAAAGAGAAUAUAAAGUGUAUGUUUAUAUGAAAUAAAUCGCUGCUGUUCUUAGGGAGAAAAAAAAAGUUACAAAUUACAACACUGCUUUAUAAUACAGAGAACAAUUAUGACAUUUUUUGCCAGACGAGAAGAUCUGAAAAUCGAAAACAAUUGAAUGUUCGUGUUGAUCUAGAUGUGUCUUCAUUUCUUGCGUUGCCAAACCUACAGUAGUGGUCCAUUUUUAAUGUAUAUGGUAUUUGUGUAAUAACCCACUGAAUUAUCAUGAAUGUUCAUUGGCUUGAAUGAAUCUUCAUCGAUGGGAUGUCCUUUCUUUUCCUUAUUGUUUGCUAAAAAAAAAAAGUAAUAAUAAUGAAUUCUCUGCAAGGGUGUUUAAAAAAUAUAUACAAAUACUGAAAAAGUACUGGCAAAUGUUGCUAUAUUUGGGCUUUGAGUCCGACGUUUAUGUAUAAAUUAUAAAUGUGUUUGUAUGGCUUCUAAUAAUAUGGUGUUUAUUGGAGAGGUUUGCUAAUGUCAAAAAAAGUGUUAUAUAUAUAUAGAAAUGCUGAAAUCAUUUUAUAAAGAAAUAACUACCUAAAC